AUGACAUCGAAAAACGAUCAAAUUCCAAAUUCGAGUGGCAGUCUCCGUAAACCGUCUCUGUUAACGGCCGGUUCGAAAAGCGUGGAAGACCAGAAGACCCGUCACGACAGCGGCAGUAAGACAUCGCUGUCGGCCGUCAAGUGGCACUCGGCGCCGGCGACGGAACGCGAAGACGGCAGAUCGUCGUCGUCAGCCUCAAAGUCGACAUCUGCGGCGAUCGAAAUGUCGGCGGCCGGUGGCGGUGGCGGCGGCGGUUGGAGACCGCUUCAGAGGCAAAAGGUGGUGACCGCGGCGCCGACGCUCGAAGAGGACGAGGACGGACGUCCGGCGUCAGUGGCGGCCGCAGCCGACGCUGACCGGUCACCGCGAAAACGGUCGUUGGCUGUGCGUCGCGGUUACAGUUGCCAGGAACCGUGCGCCGCCCGCCGGCCGAUGACGAUGAACAGUUGCGGUUGCGUGGCCGUUGGCGGAGUGGGCGGCGCCAUCACGGCGGCUGGCGAGAACAGGAGACGCUGGCUGUCGGCUGACACAGGUGGCAACGGCCACGCGGUGGCCGGCACCAGCCGAUCGAUGGAGUGCCUGCCAUCGCCCCAACCACCGUCCACACCACACCACCUGCAUCGGAGCAGCUUCAUCAUGGCCGCGGACGACCGCAAGUCUCUGGACAGCGGCCUGGAUGACGUUGCGGCCACGGCUGCCGCCGCUGAAAUGGCCGACCGCCGGCGCGGCAUGUUCGCGUCCACCCGGACGUCCGUGCCGUCGCACCUAUCGCUCGCCUUGCCGUCAUGCGAGCGCCGGUUGACCAUCCUGUCACCGCACACGCACACGCCGUCCACUCCCUUCUACUCUACGUCGUCCACCGAGACCGCUUGGCACUUUUGCACGUCGUCCACGACUGCCGCUAUGUCGUCGUCCACGUCGUUCGCGUCCCACUCAACUGCGUCCACUUCCGCAGUCACGUCCACCUGCCGUCCACGCAAGAAGAAUCAGCCCGGCAUGGUGUUGCCCCGUCUCGUGCUUCCCGGAAGUUCCGACUUGGACAUAUUCUCACAGUAA